GCUGCUGAAAAGCCUGCUGGAUCUUCCAGUGACCUGCUGUUCUUUCCUGCUUUCCUGUGUUUUUUUUUCUCUCCCUCUCCCUCCUCUAGAUUUAGAUUAAAAACAAAGCUCUCCCUCUCUCUCUCUCUCUCUUUCCCAUCCUCAUUUUUUUUUUUUUUUAACUCUCUCCCCCUUUCUUUUACACUCUCAUUCUGGCUGGGGGAAAAAUCCCUUUAGUUUGUCUCUCUGUGUUACAAGAGGAAGUCGCUUGGCUCGAUUCGGAUGGAGGUGUGUGUUUGUUUUUGGACCUUGUUGGUGUGCUUUGAGGAAGGACAGAGAAGGGACAAUUGGAUGUGACUGCGGCUUCAUCAGAGCAGUCAGACUCAUCAGAGCGCGAGAGAGGAGGACAGCUGAGAGUGUGACUUUCACUCCUCUAAGGAGGAAAGGUGGAGAAAAAGUCAGCAGUGGGAGUUUCUGGAAUUAAUUUUGCAUCAGCUCUUGUUGGAUGCACUCAGUUUGUCCAGACUUGCUGAAGCUGAAGCCGGGUUCCCAACUCUGGAUCCUGGGCUCUGUCCCUGCUAAAACCUCUACCUCUCCCCUUUACAGGAGUGCAAAGAGCUGAGGGAGCCCACUAUCCAUCAGACUCCUAACGAGCGUCUCUGCACUGACCAUGUACCCACAGGGUAGACACCCGGUUCCCCUGCAGCCUGGCCAGUCCUUCAAGUUCACUGUGCUGGAGACACUGGACCGGAUUAAAGAGGAGUUCCAGUUCCUCCAAGCACAGUACCACAGUCUGAAGCUGGAGUGCGAGAAGCUGGCCAGUGAGAAGACUGAGAUGCAGAGGCACUACAUCAUGUACUAUGAGAUGUCCUACGGACUGAACAUAGAGAUGCACAAACAGGCAGAGAUUGUAAAACGGCUCAGCGCUAUCUGUGCUCAGAUCAUCCCCUUCCUCUCUCAGGAGCACCAGCAGCAGGUGGUGCAGGCUGUGGAGCGGGCGAAGCAGGUCACCAUGGCAGAGCUCAACGCCAUCAUUGGGCAGCAGCAGCUCCAGCACCUGUCUCACCACACCCCAGGCAUCCCUCUAACCCCCCACCCAUCAGGCCUGGCACUGGGGGGCGCCUCGAGCCUGCUGGCUCUCACUGGGGCGCUCGGCGUCUCUGCUCACUUGAGCAGCAAGGACGAACGCAACCACCUGGAUGCCGAGCAUCUUCGAGAGGGUGCACCCAGCAGGAGUAAGUCUGUGUCAUCAACAGACAGUCAAGCGAUAGAGGAGCGUCAGGGCCCCUCGGGAGUCUUCUCCUCUCACACCAGCAAUGACGCCAAGAGGAGGCGCUGUGACGAUAAAGAUGGCCCAUCACAUUAUGACAGCGAUGGGGAUAAAAGUGAAGACAACCUAGUGGUCGAUGUCUCUAAUGAGGACCCUUCCUCUCCCGUGGGCAGCACCCCCCACUCUCCUCAUGGAAACGGCUUAGACAGAGCGCCGACGCUGAGGAAGGAGCUCCCCAGAUCCCCGAGUCUCCCUCCUGCCCCCUCACCUCCAGAUCACAGCCCCGCUCCAGGCAAGAGCAAGGACCCUGCACAGUCAGAGAAAUGCCAGUCUCCAUCUUCCAAGUCGGGCAGUAGUUCCCCUUCUCACUGCGAGUCCCUCACCCCCGGACCCAGCACCUCCUGUCUACGGCUGGUCACUAAGCCUGUGUCCUCAGCAGAUCCUAUGGCAGCUUUGCGUAGUCCUCUGUCCAUGACCUCAGCUUCUUACCCAGCUCAUUUUGGUGUCGUGUCUCACACUGGACUGAAUGGAGAGCUGGCCAGUCCAGGCAGCUUUGGUGGCUCAAUCACUCUCUCACCCCAGAUCAGUACUGCAGCUAGUGCCUACACACGCAGCCCCAUGGUGGCGUAUGAAUCACGCUCUCACCUCAGGCCCUCAGGGCUGUCCUCCUCUCUGCCUGGCUCCAGUGGGGGCAAGCCCGCAUACUCGUUCCACGUGAGUGCAGAUGGACAGAUGCAGCCUGUGCCCUUCCCUCCUGAUGCUCUCCUGGGUCCCGGCAUCCCGCGUCACGCCCGCCAGAUCCACACACUCAGCCAUGGAGAGGUGGUGUGUGCCGUCACCAUCAGCACCUCCACACGCCACGUCUACACUGGUGGCAAAGGCUGUGUCAAAGUGUGGGAUAUCAGCCAGCCAGGCAGUAAGACCCCCAUGGCCCAACUCGACUGUCUGAACAGAGACAACUACAUCCGCUCAUGUAAGCUCCUCCCAGAUGGGAGAACUUUGAUAGUUGGAGGUGAAGCCAGCACUCUGUCUAUCUGGGACUUGGCCACGCCCACUCCUCGCAUCAAGGCGGAGUUGACCUCCUCUGCUCCAGCGUGUUACGCUCUGGCCAUCAGUCCAGACAACAAGGUCUGUUUCUCCUGCUGCAGUGACGGCAACAUCGUGGUGUGGGACCUUCACAACCAGACCCUCGUCAGGCAGUUCCAGGGCCACACUGAUGGAGCCAGCUGCAUCGACAUCUCCAACGACGGGACCAAACUGUGGACCGGGGGACUGGACAACACGGUGCGCUGCUGGGACCUGAGAGAGGGCCGACAGCUCCAGCAGCACGACUUCACCUCUCAGAUCUUCUCCCUGGGCUACUGUCCUACAGGAGAGUGGCUGGCAGUGGGGAUGGAGAGCAGUAAUGUGGAAGUGCUGCAUGUCUCCAAACCCGACAAAUACCAGCUGCACCUUCAUGAGAGCUGUGUGCUGUCACUCAAGUUCGCCUACUGCGGUAAAUGGUUUGUGAGCACAGGAAAAGACAAUCUGUUAAACGCAUGGAGAACGCCGUAUGGAGCCAGCAUCUUCCAGUCCAAGGAGUCCUCAUCCGUCCUGAGCUGUGACGUCUCCCCAGACGAUAAGUAUAUAGUCACUGGCUCUGGAGAUAAGAAAGCCACUGUGUACGAGGUGGUCUACUGAGCACAUGAAAGAGGAGAGAGAGAGAGAUGGAUGGAUGGAUGGAUGGAUGGAUGGAUGGAUGGAAGGAAGAAUGAGUUGAAAGAAAAGCACUUAACAGCUUCUGGCAGCUGUGGUGGGCAACCAUGGGUGCUCUUUCCAAACGUUAUUCCCCUGCUUCGUCUUUCAAGUACCAUUAAACCCCAUCCCCAUCGUCGCUCCAUCCCCCGAUAAGUAGGAAGGAAAGAGAGAAGAAAAGAGAGAGAUGCAGAAAGAAUAAACAGAGGGAGUAUAAUUAGCACAGUGUCUAGAUGAAACGCCCAGCGGCGAGGAGAAAGCUCACAGGAGACGAGGUAAGCACUUAGGGAGCAGCAGCUCAUACAAACACAGAUAGCAGACAAUCAAUACAUCACUGUAAAAAAAACCACUGUAAUGAGCCCAAAUGCAACAGACCUCGUUUCACAAGACCUCAGAGAGCAGAACAACCAGACUGCAGUGUAACGCUGGCUCUGGCGUGAGAAACCUGCUUCAGUAUGUCUGCACCACUCCAGUUAAAUAUGCAUACGGCAAAUCCCAACUGAAUUCUGCAUCACGCGUUUCCGUCUCCUGUGAGAGACUCCCCAGAGACACUAAUGAGGAGCAGCUGGACCUCUCAGUGGGUUCCAUGUUGAAAACAUUAAACAACAGCAUUUUCCAUUUUAAUUCCGGAGAGCGGCUAUAUACGCAGAACUCUAACGCAUGCAUGAGCUGAGCAAAAGAUUGAUCAUGUGCUCUGGAAAUCUCCUGAACCAGAACUACGAUUCUGUGUUUAUGUUUCCGCUAUACUGCAGGAUCCGUGGCCAUUUGGAGUUAAGUAACAGAAGUGACGCAAACUGUGGAGCUGACAUUUUAAAAGCUGACAAACAUAUAGGGCAUGCCACAAAAAGCGUGUACAAAACUGCAAAAGCAACUGCGCAGUGGAAACGAGCCUCUGUUAUGGUCAUGAUGUCAUAGCUAUAGCUUUUUAGCUGUUUUUCUGUAAAUGCCAAGCAAGAUGGUGAGUUAUUCUGUGAAGCUUGACCAGUCAGUAAUGCUAAGAAUCACAACUAGGGAUUGAAUAAUUAGACAAAUCAGAUCAUAAUGUGUUAGCAAGAUGAUUUGCCCUUAAAUAUUAACUUCUAAGGAUAAGUUGGUCACAGCUGGUUAAGAAGUUCGUGAGUUUGAAUCCCAGGACCACCAAGCUGCCACUGCUGGGUCUCUGAGCAAGGCCUCUAACCCUCAAUUGCUUGGGAGGUUGGGGUCAGAGUGCAGGGUCAGCCAUGAUGCAGCACCCUGGAGCAGGGUGGGUUGGGAGACUUGCUCAAGGGCCCAAUGGUGGCAGCUCGGCAGUGCUGGGGCUUGAACCCCAAGCUUCCAGUCAACGACCCAGAGCCUUAACCGCUUAAGCUACCACCGCUUGCGGCCAUACCGCUCUGAGAACCCCCAAUCUUGUAUAAAAAGGUAAGUAGCUCUGGAUAAGCAGGUUUGCCAAAUGCCAGAAAUGUAAACAAAGUCAUAUCAUAUCAUGUGGAAGCUUGAGGUUUACGCCUCUAAUCACUACCUCAUGAUCUGCAGAUAAGUAUCACACUGAAGCAGGAACUAAAACAGUUUGCCCAGAGUUUAGCCUCAAAUUCUUUCUGGCUCCUCAUGAUGUACAUGCAGCUAGAAUUCCUGAAAAAGUUGUUUCACGAGUCUUAUUCUUCAUUUCCGAUUUUUUUUGCCACCUCACAGCUCCAGGGUCCUGGGUUCGAUCCUGAGUCCAGGCGUCUGUCUAUACUGAGUUAUACAUGCUGUCCCCACACAUACCUGUGUGUAUGAAUAUGUGUGUGCAGAGCAUAUUUAUGGGCUGUGAAUAUUCCCACCUCACACCCAGUGUUCCCAGUAUAGGCUCUGAAUCCACAGCAGUUAAUGAACCCGAGUGAAUGAUAAGACCAGUCUCUCUGGCUUGAUGCUUUACAUUCAUGUUUGUAUGUUUGUGAUCUGUCACUAGUGUGAACACGCCUCUGCCCUGAAAUGAGCACUUUUCCAAAUCAGUAAAUCACAUACACAUCAACAAUGGCAAAAAAUAAACAAAUCGCAAUCCAUCAUUUCAGUAGCUGUGAAAUGGACGAGCUGGCAGCAGAGUCUAAUUAGAUAGAUGAUUUGCGCUAAAGGUCAGCCUUCAGCUGAUCAGCUGCGAGAAGGCAAAAAAAAAAGGGCAGAAGCUGGUUUUGCAGCUUUCACUGGCACGGAAAGAGACAGCAGUGAUAUAUGCAUGCAGAGUGCUGUAAUAUAAAAAGACGCGAUCUGACUGGUGUCAUUACAGCUGCAGACCUUGUAUCAGAUCCCAGACGUGAAAGUCACUGAAAUCAGAAAUACAAAAAGCCAGAAAUGUCACAUAUAACAUUUCUAACGAUAUUCUAUCAUAAUAAUAAUCAUCCCUGCAGCCAAAUUUAGAUUCAUUUUCUUCCUAAGAGGCCCUGUGAUACACCCCUGCUGUAUCCCUUUAUCUUAAAGAGCACUGGUUGCCCACCCAACCUGUGAUGUCUGAAAGCAAUCCUCACCCUGCUGGGGGAAAAAGAUUGUGUGCUUUUAAUUUGCUAAACAUGUUUCUAAGCUUCGUUUUUUUUUUUCCACAUUUAUCUGAUCUGGGAAUCAGAAGACCUGUCUUGGAAUCUGAAAUAAUCUUUUGCUUGCUACUUUUACAAACACAAAAAGAACUGUAAGAUUUUUUUUUUUUUGUAAUGAAAAUAAGUAAUAGUGCUGCAACAGUGUUUUGUUUUCUGUUUAAUGUUAUGCAUAUGGUGUAUUUGCUCCUUUCUAUAAAUGGCUGAGAUGACGGCUGCCCAAAGAUGUUGGGAUUUUAGUCUUGCGCAAUCCAGACCAUCUCCACCGCCUUCAUCACAUCUUACCUGUAACGGGAAUUCCAUCCCAUCUGAUCAUGCUAUGGGAAUAUCUGUAUCUAAUGCUGCCUAAGGCUUUGUUUCUAUACUGAAAACAGUGUACAGUGUCCAGCAAUCUCACGCUGAAGCCAAGGACUUUUUUUUUCCACAAAGGCACAGUUGUGAUAUCCUUCUGUAGCACUUCAUAUGAGUUGUAUCAGACAUGCAUAUAAAGACAAUUAAACUUGUGGUCAUCUUUUGAA